CCAGGUCUGUAAGGCUCUCUCCAGAGGUUGCAGUUGGAAUACGUAGACGAUGGUGUCUUCGCAAACCGCCCCGACACCAACACGCCCAUGGAGGAGAUUGUGAGAGCCAUGACGUAUGUGAUCAACCAGGGGAUGUCCAUGUACUGGGGGACUUCUCGAUGGACAGCCAUGGAGAUCAUGGAGGCGUACUCUGUGGCCAGACAGUUUAACCUGAUCCCUCCGGUGUGUGAGCAGGCUGAGUACCAUCUCUUCCAGAGGGAAAAGGUGGAGGUCCAGCUUCCAGAACUCUACCACAAGAUAGGUGUUGGGGCAAUGACGUGGUCUCCGCUGGCCUGUGGCAUCAUCACAGGGAAGUACCAGAACGGCAUCCCAGAAACCUCCAGGGCAUCCAUGAAGUCGUACCAGUGGUUAAAGGAGAAGAUAGUGAGUGAGGAUGGGAGGAAACAGCAGGCUAAGCUGAAGGAGCUGGGACACAUCGCUGAGAAGCUGGGCUGUACUCUCCCGCAACUGGCCGUGGCCUGGUGUUUGAGGAGCGAGGGGGUGAGCUCAGUCCUCCUGGGAUCCUCCAGUCCAGAGCAGCUAACGGAGAACCUAGGUGCCAUACAGUUCCUUCCUAAAAUGACGUCUCAUGUGGUAUCGGACAUCGAUCGCAUACUGGGGAACAAGCCGUACAGUAAGAAAGAGUAUCGCUCCUAGASACCCAGGARGAAGCAGAACCACUACUGUACAACCACUGUGGAUCCAGUUCCACCAACCACCUGGGCUCAGCCUCCAUGGGGUUUCAGCUCAGUCUAAUCCAGCCCAGUUCAGGCCUGCUCAGCUCAGCCCCAGCCUUCUUAGCCCAGUGUAACCAAGCUCAGUUCAGCCUAACCCUGCUAACCCUCUGCCUAGACCAGCUUUCAGCUCAGCUUACUCUUAUCAGUAGAUUUUCUGACUCCUGAGUUUAUUAACCAGGUAGAAGCAUGCUUCCCCUCUCUGGUGUGCCUGGACUUUCUCUUCAAAGGCACAUUAUACAAAACAACACAGAAAGGGGAUAAUACUUAGUAUAUACCGUAAACGUCUUUCACAAUGCAUUYUGAAAACAAACUCCUCUCUCAAGCCAGUAUACUGCAUUUGACCCCUGUUUGACCUCGCAAAGCAGAGCACCCUGGGACAGGGAGUUUCAGCGRCAGGCAUUUGUUCUGUCUGUGAGGGGAAGAAUGUGCAUGUUGUCGCCCCUAUCUGGUCGUAUGAGAAACUGCUAUCCAAUAUCUUCAAUAGAUUCUUAGUGAGAGAGCGCAGGAGAAUCUCAMUUCCAUACUCCUCGCGUCCUCUCUCCUCACCAACUUCUCAAAACCCAUUGGARGAGAAGGUCAGAGGGGUGAGACCUCUGGCUUUCUCAUCCAAUGGGUUUUGAGAAGGMRGCGAGGAGUAUKUAAUUGAGAUUGUCCCCUUGACUCCUUUCAUCCUCUCUCAUCGCCUCCUUCUCAAAACCCAUUGAGAAUGUUCGAGGGGAGGGACCUCUGACUUUCUCAUCCAAUACGUUUUGAGAAGGAGCAGAGGAAAGAGGACGCGGGGAGUCAAGAAAAUGCAAUUAAGAUUCUCCCAGUGGCCUACUGUUCUGUAUAGUGUCUGUCUGAGUGAGCAGGUGGCCUCCAGUACUGUACUGUAUACUCUCUGUCUGCAUCCAUAGAGGAGAAUCCUGCCUCUCCUCCUUCGGCCUGUCAUUUGAACCUGCAUCUUUGGUUGCUGACGGGAAUCUGGGAUAGCACAAGCCACUCUGUGACAUAACCUCCCACCAGACCAAUGUUACGUGUGGGAGUUGCUUGUUAGGUAACGUGAAAGAUAGGUGAAGUAUGUUGAAAGAUAGGUGAAGUAUUUAGAAAGAUAGGUGAAGUAUUUAGAAAGAUAGGUGAAGUAUUUAGAAAGAUAGGUGAAGUAUUUAGAACGAUGUAAAGGCCUAUAUCUAUUCUAUAAUAGUACGUGAAAUUACGUUUCUUCUGUGUGUUUGAAUUUUUUUGUCUUUCAGGGGUGUUUAUAUUAAACUUUAUGGGGCAAACCUUGUAACGUAAGCAGAACAAACCUCAAGCCCCCUUUGUUGCAGAUGAAACUAAAGUAUUCUAUAAAUAACCUAGAAGUAUUCUAUAAAUAAUCUAUAAAUAUUCUAUAAAU